AUGGGAAAUUCAUAAUAAAAAAAUGAUGAUAAAUUAAUUUCAACAGUCUGGCUAGGUGUUAAUGUAAUGUCUUAACCUAAUUAUAGAAUGAUUGGAAAUCAUUGAUGAAAGAUAGAUUAUCUCGAUUAGAUGAAGAAUGGGUAUCGACAAUAACAAAAUGUUUGGUUAAACACUCUACAAAUGAAUAGCAAAGAUUUAGAAAUAAAAUCAAAUAAGUUUGUAAAUAAUUUAAAAUUUAUUAUUUAAGUAAGUUAGCCUUUAAAGGAAGAUUAAAUGAAAUUGUAGUCUGAAGAGUUUUUGUAAUAAUUUGUUAUCAUAUUUUACAAUUUUAGAAAGAACAAUGAGUUUCUUCGAGAAGAUACUUUUAUUAGAACAUCCUCAAAUGAUCAAACGUUAUCAACUAGUUACAAUUCUUGUAGUUUAUAAUUUAAAAUAAAUUUAGUUUCUAAAAUGAAUGAUAAUCAAUCUUUAUCUUCUUAAAAAUAAGAUUAAUUGGAUUAUGAAACUCAGAAUGCUUAAGCAUAAAAGUUUUACUUAGUGUUUACAAUAAUAAAUGAGAUGAUCAAAUCAAACAAGCAUCCUUUUUCCUAUAUGAUACAAUAAUUUUAGGAAUGGGCAAAAAUUCAUUUGAAUAGUCUCUAAUAAUCUCAUUCAAAUUUGUUUUAGUUAAAAGCAUAGGUUACUAAAUUUGGUUUAACAGCAAAUAUAUUUUUGAGCUUUCUAAUUCAUGCAUUGAAUGAAUAUUUGGGAGAUCUCUCUAGUGAUUAGAAUGAUCUUCUUUAGAAUAAAUAUCUUAAAGAUAAAGCAAAUUAUUUUAAUUUUUUUCUAUCAAUAGUAAGUAAUUUGAUCAUUAUAUAAGACUAUAAAUGAAACAUUAACAGUCCAAAUAAUGGAAGUUUUAAAAAUAUUACAUAAAAACAGUAUUAUAAAUUUGAUGGGGAAAAUGACGCAUUUAUCUUUGAAACCAGAUUUUUUUGAGAUUCCUAAGAAAUAUUUGACAUAGACUAGACCUUUUUAAGAAUAGAUUGAAUAUCUAUAAGCAAUUUAAUUCUCAAAACAUCCAGCAGAAAAAUAUUUUGUACUAGCAAAAGGAUAUUAAUUAUUAAGAGAAUAUCUAACUAAAAGUGCAUCAAAUUUUGUAUAGCUUUAGGCAACAAAUUAUGUGCUUGUUCAUUCACAAAUUUAAAAUUUGCAUGCUCAUUUGCAUUUACUUGAACUUUUUUAUCCAAGCUCGCCAAUAUUACUAAAGUAUAAUUCGUCAUUGUAAUUUUUGUAAAAUAUUAUAAUAUGA